AUGGGAGUUAGACUGAAUGCGUUGAUGAACUUACGAGAAGUUAAUGUUGAGAGAGAUUCCGGUGGAGGAAUUAUGAAAAAUAUAAUCAGAGUCGUCAGUCCUAGGAAGAAUAAGGAGUCUUUAUAUGACAAUACGAGUGCAACGAAUAGAUUGAUUUCUGGAGGACGCGCGGUUGAAGAACUGCGGGAAAUGUUGGGCGAUGACGUUGUGGAGUGUCGCGAUAAGGACUUUUAA